GUGAGAUUUUGUUCUUUUAUGAGGUUUGUGGUAGUGGUUUUUGGAAGUCCAGUUUCUGAGAUGGAGAUUUGUUUUAGGGUGUGAGCAUGGGUGUCAGCUUGGGAGAAAGUAGAUAUUAAGGCCCUGAAAGUGGUGUCUGGACUCUUGCUGGCUGCAAGGCUAAUAUGGAGGCAUGAUGUUAAAGAUUUUUCAAGAGUUUGUGAUAAAUCUGGCACAGUCGUAAAAUCAAAGUCUCAGUUCUUAAGCUCAAGGAGGCUUGCUUGACUUGAGAGACAUAAUACUUUCUGGAAGUCACUGUGAGAUAUAUUGAAGUUUUCAAGGGUAAUCAUGUCUGUCACAUUUUUAGAAGCAAUCAUUAGUUCUUUGAGGUAUUUACUAAUGCUAGUUUUAGAUGAAGGUAUAGUAUAUCCACCUAAAUAACGAAGUCUAAAGUUCCUGACUUGCUUAGAGAAGGAUUUGCUGAGAAAUGUUUUUACUGUCUUCCUUCCUGAAUUAUCAAACUCUAUAUUGAGCUGAUAGCAACAAGGAACCUGGAACUUUAUAUCCCUUUAAUGAACUUUAAUUGGUCUAUGAUUGUUGUAUUAAAUGAUAGAAAUCAAUCAGAAUUAAAUAGUUCGUCUCUACAUGUGAGAUCUGAGUGGAAUCUCUUUGACAAGUUUAUAGUUCCAAAUGUUCUUCCUUCUCAGCAACAAUAUCUUCAGAGUAUUUUAGAUAUGGGAGCUCAACCCUACUUAUUCUCUGUUGUAGGAUUCUAAUUGUCUUUCUUAAACUCAUUAUCAGACUUCUGCCAGAAUCUGAGUCCAGGAUGUUUACAAAGUUUCAUUCCUGAUUAACUCAUUCAUUACAGAACCUUUGGAACCCAGAAUCUUGGUUAAGUAAAGUGAGUAGAUUCUCUCUGACUCCUUUGGAAUGCAUCACGCUUAGAACUUUAGAGGUGGCCUCUCAAGUCAGGUCUGUUUCUGGUUGCAAAAUGUU